CUAAUUGAGAAGCUAACUUGCACCCACAUUGCAGAUACAAGACCAUGGGGUCACAGGCUCACAUUCUCAGCCUUCUUCUCCUUUGGAUCUCUGACAGCAGAGCAGAAACAAUACUCACACAGUCUCCAGCAUUCCUGUCUGUGGCUGCAGGACACAAAGCCACCAUCCACUGCAAAGCCAGCACAGAUAUUGAUGAUGACAUGCACUGGUACCAACAAAAGCCAGGAGAAGCCCCUAAGCUCAUCAUUAAAGGUGUUUCUACUGUUGUUUCUGGAGACCCAUCCCGGUUCGGUGGCAGUGGGUAUGGAACAGAUUUUACCCUGACAAUUAAUGAUGUGAAGUCUGAGGACGUUGCAUAUUAUUUCUGUCAGCAUGAUGAUAAUUUUCCUUACACAGUGAUACACUCUGUUACAAAAACCUACUCAGUGUUCUCAGUGAGACUGUCUCUGCGGCUACUGAAGAUGUUCAACAGGGGAACUAGUCCCACUGUGGUGUUUGCUUCAUGCACAAGUGAGUUCACUUCCUCUUUCCUGUUCUGUCACUUCUACUCUCACUUCUCCCAUACUGUUCUUAACAAACCUGAUAUAAAGGCAGAGAAAGAUCAGGAUGGAAAAGGGGAUGGAGGAUCUACUGGUGAUGUUGUGAUGACCCAGACCCCAGUCUCCCUGCCCCAUGGAGAGCCAGCUUCCAUCUCCUGCAGGUCUAGUCAGAGUCUCCUGCAUAGAAAUGGACAUAUAUAUUUGGAUUUGUUCCUGCAGAAGCCAGGACAAUCUCCACAACUCCUGAUAUCUUUUGUUUCCAACAAUGCAUCUAUGAUCCCAGGGCCUCAUCCCGUAGAGAAGUCCACAAUUAGUAGAGCUCUGAGAAGCAAUGCUGGACACAAGGAGCCUAUGCAAAGAUCAGACAGUGUGAAAUAA